GAUUCGUUGAAUAUCACAACACAACAUGGCUACACGUGCAGACGAUGAAAUGGAUACGAGCAACGUAAGCAGACGAAAAAAUGUUAUCAAAUCAAAUAAUCAGUCUAGUGAAAGGACUGAAAACUUGGAGGAAAAGGACAGAAAAGGGGAAAGCUCCAUGGACGUUCAAACAGCUGCCUUUGCUUUAUCAAUAAUGAUCGUCGCGGGCUCGAUCCUUCGAGAAAACGAAAUGGUUCCAGAUUCAUUUUUCGCCGACAAACACAAUCCGUUAAACCAGAAGUUCGUCAAGUGGAGUUGGGGAUGGACUCUUUGUUUUAUGACACCAUUCUUGUUGUUGCUAUCUUGGGCAAGACAUCCAGGACAAUAUUUGCCAGCAUUUCGAGGGAUCAUUCGUCUUGUAGCACUUACUGCAGCCUGGUAUUUCUGGGUAAACAUCGUGAUGGAUACUGUGCAUGAAUACUCCGGAAAAUGCAGCAUCGAGGCGCACUCCAGCGGAGGCUCAAGAGCUUGUCGCCGGGGAGGUGGGCGGUGGGACGGCUUCGACAUCUCUGGUCAUUCAUUCCUGCUGGUGCUCAUUGUCCUUACAACUCUUGAAGAAAUGGCGCCAUUUUGGCAUCUUUAUGAAUCCUCUGGAGUGCAGAUUACAUUUCAAUGCAGUACUGAGAGUCAACAAGGGACAAAGAGAAUUCCUUUAUUCAGCUUCCUUCUUGAAAUUCUCCUCUACGUUCUUGCAAUAAUAAUUUCUUUGAUGCAAUCACUGAGUGUUCUAAUGGUCUUAGCAACCAGUUUAUAUUUUCACACAAUAAGUCAUAAAGUCAUUGGGACAGCCUUAGCUAUUAUUACUUGGUAUAUCACAUACAGAUUAUGGUUUAAAUCAAGUAGAACUUUUAGUUUACCACUGUUUUGAAGACAAAUCACAGAGAAAAAAAGGUUGCUUUGAAGAUUUGGAUCUGCACAUAAAAUAAGACCUUUGAAAUUAAAAAAUAUCUCCUGUAAUAAGGUGGCAGAUGAAAUGUUUUUUUCUUCUUGUCGAAAAAUAUAAUUGAUAGGUUGUUGAUACCCCCAUGUUUAAAUGACAAGCAGAAUGCUUGUUUAAUGAUUAAAAAAAAAGUUGUCAAAUAUCACUACUGAUUUUCUUACAGCUUGAUACUGGUAGUAGUAGAUAAAAUAAGAUUUAGAAAUUAGAAUAAUGGAAUUUCUUUCAUUAUCUUGUUUGGAAGACCUUGAAUCCAUAGCAAGUCAACUAUAAUUUUUUAUUUUGUAGAUUUAUUUUAAGAGUUAUUCUUGAUUAUUUUAUAGUAGAUUCUCUUGGUGGUAUUUUGUAAAUUUUGCAUUUUAUUUCAAUUUGUCAUUGGAUGAGAAGAAAAUGAUAAUUUCUAUUACAUGUAAAAUGCCCUGAUCAUCAU